AUGGCCAUAGUCUCAAAUGAUCCCGCUUGGUGGCCGAUCGUCAAUUCAUAUUGUUUGGGCAGCUAUUUUGUAGUUGCCGCCUUUGUUGCAGUGAUAUAUAAUUGGGCACUUACAUUUGGACAAGAGGUGGAACUGAUCUGGAGACAACGCUGGUCGGUAAUGACAGUUCUGUAUCUCGGUGUGCGCUACCUUGGAAUCUUAUCCGCUACCCUGUACAUGCUGAGCAAUGUUCCGACUAUCUCGUUGACAGAUACAAGUUGGACGGUCAUUGUGGUAUUUGCGAUGCUGCGGGUCAUCAUCAUCGCUCGGUUGUAUGCCAUGUAUCAAGGAUCCAGAAAGAUCCUGAUAUUUCUCAUUUUCACCUUCCUGGCUGACAACAUUUUCGACGCAGCAGCCGCCAUAAUGUCAACGAUGUAUACUUCAGGGGAGAAACUAAUUCUCUUGGGCACUUGUCGGUGCCAGAUUAACUAUGCGGAAGAUAUCAUAUUGCUAAAUUCCAUUACUUGGAUACUCGCCACUGUGUGGGAGGUCCUCGCGCUAUGCCUCGCAAUCUGGAUUGCGGUAGAACACUUCCAUGAACUGCGACAACAUUCAGCAGGGGGGAUUAUCGAGGACUGUUUCACGGUGUUAAUGAAAACUCAUCUGGUUUACUUUGCCAGCUUUGUUGCUGUUUCUUGCUUCCAUCUCAUUCUUGAGUUCUCUCCAGCAUUCUUAACGGACAUUGCCCUGGACACUCAGAUUAUUUUUGGUUUUGUUCAGAUUUUGACAAACGUGCAGAUGUUUGUGCUAGGACCGCGCCUGAUCAUUGGUGUUCGAGAAUACCACGCUAAGCUCGUUGCUGAUGCCGACACUGCGACUGGCAUGGCUUCAAUCGCUUUCCAGGAGAGCAUGUGCAUUGUGCAUAUAUCGACCGGCAGUGGUGUGUAAUGCUCGGUGAAGUUAAUGGCUGCCUCGUACUUUAAAGAGCAGGGGAUUUUGUUUCUAUUUAUUAUCACUUUCUUGCAGUAUUUAUCUUAAGUUAUUUGGUGUUCCGAAGUAGACAUACAAAGUUAUUGUCAUAGUGUUUCAAGUUAAUUAGGUGAUUUGCUAUAUGUGCUGAGUCUGCUGACAAUGUUCAAACCAAUAUACUGGAUAGUUCUACUUGCACUAGCUGCCUACGUGCACUUGCACCAACCACUGGUCCCUUCUUUCUUUAUGUGAUGGCAAACAU